AUGGCCCUGAAAAAAGAAUGGAAUGCUUGGAGGAAGUUGAUGGAUUCCAGUAGAGGAGUGUCAGGGAUUGGCUUUGACAGUGAAACUGGUAUGUUUCAGGCAUCAGAUGAGUGGUGGGACAAGAUGGAAUCAACAAACAAGGCGUGUGCCAAGUUCAAGAAAAAAACUUUGGAACAUCGCGAGUUAAUGGAGACGGUCUUUAUAGGGGCAUCAGCCACUGGUAAGCACUAUUGGACCGCAGGAGAGGAAGUUGCUGAAGUUGUCGACGUCUCAUCCGAUUCUGUGGACAGUCUCAGAGCCCAGCCAUUUGUUGACCCGAUAUCUGCACGAACAGAGGACGUCGACUCAGAUUCUUCAAUCGAAUUUGUUUAG